UAGUAUCGUUUCUAUACAAACCAAAUUAAUUAUUUGUAAAUUUUGAAAAUUUAAUCAUUUGUUUAUAUAUAAUUAUAAGACACCAUAACAAAGAAUUAUUUGGUAACAAGAUUAGAUGCAGUUUUUUGCGAAUUAAAAAAAUAUCCUUUUAAAAAAAGAGAAAAUUUCGCUGAUUCUUUAAUAAAAUUAUUUUCACGUUUUCAACUAAUUCAACAGCCGCGGAACUCCACAAAGAAAAAAAAGUAUGAAUCCAGACCAUGAGAUUCAGGAGGGGAAAUUCACGGUUGAUGGUCUUGAUAUUAAUUGUAUUCAAGUCGGUUCUGGCAACCAUCCUGUACUUCUAAUGCCUGGCUUAGUAGUCACUCCAUCGGUUCAUUUUAAGCCACAAAUUGAAAAUCUAUCUAGAGAAAAAUUCAGAAUUAUAGCAUGGGAUCCACCGGGUUAUGGAAAAUCGAGGCCACCUGAUAGAACAUUCCCAGAAGAUUUUUUGGAACGAGAUGCAAUUUUGGCCUGCAAUUUAAUGACAACUCUUGGUCACUCGAUAUUUUCAAUAAUUGGCAUGUGUCAUGGAGGAAUUUCUGCGAUCAUUCUUGCUUCCAUAUUUCCAGAAAAAAUACGUAAAAUGGUCAUAAUUAGUGGAAGAGCCUACUUUUCGCCCCAUGAGUAUAUAAUGAAAGAGGGUGACCGAAACGUUGAUUUGUGGCCAGCACGAGAUCGAGACCCAAUGGUAGCGACUUAUGGAUACGAUUAUUUUCGAAAAACGUGGGAUGCAGGUAUAGAUAUGGUUGAAAAAUUAUGUGAGAAAAAUAAGGGCGAUGUGUGCAAAAAUCAUGUACCCAGAGUAAAGUGUCCUACUCUAAUCAUACACGGCAAAAAGGAUGACCUUGUCGACCAAGAACAAGCGUUUUAUUUGAACCGACACAUUCCUAAUUCAAGACUCAAAAUCUUUGAAAAUGGAGGCCACAAACCACAGUUACAAUACCCGGAGGAAUUUAAUGCUCUAAUUACAAAAUUUCUUACCGAGUAGUUAUUGUUAUGAAAAACAAUUAAUAUUUUAUUUAUUAUUAUGAAAAAAUGUAUAAAUAUGUGAGUCAGGGUGAAGCGAAUUAUUCUUUUUUGUUUUCAUAUUCUUCGAAAACUACAUAUUUAAGAUUAAUAUCAUUGAAAAAUAUGUUUAAAUCAAUUUUGUUUUAAUGUGCAACCAAUAUAUUUAAAAAAUUCUCGAAUUCGUAAAAAACAUUCAAAAAUUAUAGUUCUAUUAAAUGGUAAUUUAUAUAAAAAAUACUUCAUACUUUAAUAAAUAUUCAACUAGGGAAGAGAGAGGGGGGAUUUUUACUUUUGUCUGGAUAAACUUCGUACUUUGGACUUUUUUAGCUCUUUCAAUAAAAAAAUAAUAAUAUUAACUUUUUCCAAACGAAUUAUGAAGAGGGCGAUGAAAUCCUAUUAGAACUUUAGUAUACACAACAUUCUUUUAGUUUGAUUGAAAGAGUUAAAGACAUCCAAAAUAGGUAGUGUAUCCACACAAAAGUGAAGUACUUUACCCCCUCUCCCUUGUUAAGUACUUGUCCAAGUUGUAAA